AGUGUUCGGUGCGUUCUUUGUACAUUAUGCUUUCUGUCGAGACGGCUAUGCUGCUUUGUUCCAGCCUACCCCAGCCCAAAGUAUGAAGCAUCACUAUGCCCCUUCCCCUCCUAGAGGCGCUGUUCUCGCUUGGCAAACUGCGAAGAAGUUCUGGUGGCAAGUCAUUACCGUCCUUCUCUUGGUGGCGCUGGUUGCCUGUGGUACCUAUUUGGCUCUCUGCUGGAGAUCUCCGCCCUCUGACCCUGGUUACACAGUCUGCAAUUCGGAAUCGUGCAAGUACUACGCCGAGCUGCUUUCCAAGUCGUUGGACCGGAAGGCUGACCCCUGCGAAGACUUCUACAGCUACGUGUGCGGCACCUGGAACGAAACCCACAGCCGCUCUAUCUACUUGGAUAAUGCCUACCGAUUCGUGCAGGUCGUGGCAAACUCUCUACGUAGCACGUACGUGGGCAACAGUUCGCAGAGUUCCUUCCAGAAGGCCGCCCGCUUCUAUCAGAGCUGUGAGGACAUCGUACUCAAAGGAAGAGACGAAUCGCAAAAAUUUAAGGAGGUUCUCAAGCGUGCCGGAAUCGAGUGGCCCAAGCCAUCCCCUAAGCCGGACCCACUGCUGUCCAUGCUGCUUCUAAGUAAGAUCGUUCGCGUCGAGUCCUUACUUGCCAUCGAAUACACAAACAGAGGUGAUUCCCACCUAUUUACGAUCUACCUGGGCUCCAUCAUGGCAGACCGUUUUGCUGGCCGCAUAUCCGCUAACCGUCCGACAUACGAAAGAAUGAAAAACCUCCUCGCCGACACGUCCGGAGGAGGAUUAUUUGAGUACGACGAGUUCAACAGCACCGAAGUUACAAUAAUGGACACUAUAUCCAAUUUUCUUAGGUAUAAUAAUACCGGGGAACAAUUCCAUGGGUUCAGUGAUCUACCCACUCUAACACCUAGCAUUUCACUCGAAAGAUGGAACGUCACCUUUCUCCGUGGCUACGAGCUCCCUGCGGAAGCCGUGCUUGAAGUUCACGUUAUUGAUGUGGCAUUUCUCCGUGCGGUCGACGCACUGAUGGCUCUGAUCGGAGAGCACAGUCUUCACAUGUACGUCGGUUGGUGCGCUGUGAUCAGCCUUGCUCCCUUCAUGAGCGACCAGAUGGCCACGGCAAGGUACGGGAGUCCAAAGGCAGCGGAGAGGCACGUCGUCGAAGACUGCCUCAGGGUAACCGAGUCUGUUUUAGGUUGGAUGAGCGUCGCUCAAUAUUCCUACAAGGUGUUCAACCCGCACGUGCGUCUGGAACUGAACAAAAUAAUCAACGACGUCCGCUAUACCCUUCUGGAGAAGAUGUUUCGCAGCACUUGGAUUUCUCAAGAUAUGGCUAUGGAGCCUGUGCGCUACGGCAGCUACGACACCACCCUCGGUCCAAUCGAAUAUAUUGAAGACCCUUCCCAGCUGGACUCUGUUCUCGCACUUUUUCCUAGUAUGAGCUCUUCAUUGUCUGACAACUGGCAGAAAUCCGUCGAAGCGCGGCUUUUAACGCGGUCGUCGCUCAUCACGAGGAUUAGCUCAGGUGUGUUGUAUUGGUUGCGGUUGAACGACGACUUCGUCAUUCCGUACAGCGAAAGGGAGGCGUACGAAAUCCCGCCUUAUUCGGCAACCCUACCGAUGUACGAGUUUGACGUCCCCACAGCUAUCAAGUACGGAGCGCUGGGGCACGUCAUCAGUAAAACAUAUAUAUCUUCCCUUCUGGCAGGAUUUUUCGACAUCGUACGCUCGAAUGGCAUGGACUCGCCAUUUGGCAAAGAACUCCUGGACCGGAUGAGCUGUUUCUUGAACAGCGUUCAGAACACCAGCUCCCUGGCGUAUGGCAGAGUGAGCCCCGUGCUAUCGAAUGCCGCUGCAAUUGAUAUCCAUUGGGAUGCUUACAUUCGGACGCGAACCCAAGAGCGGCGGCUGGAAGGCUAUCGGACGUUGCGCGAGAACCAGUCUUUUUUCGUGGCGUUCUGUUACCUUCACUGCGACGUCGUCGCGAAGGGAAUGAACAAGCUGUCGUGCAACAAUGCCGCCAUGCACAGUUCCAUGUUCGCUGAAGCGUUUGCUUGUUCAUCGAAGAGCACAAUGGGAGGACCAAAGAAGUGUAGCUUAUUCACGUAAUAGAGCGUAUAUCCUGUGAAGUAAUAUUUUGCAAAGCAAAAAAAACCGUUGAAAUAUUUGGGACACAAUGAACGACUUUCCUGUCGAUUUCUUCAUAUGGAUUAAAAUGACGAUGUGGAA